AUGGCAAUGGCAAGCAGUGACGUCCGUGCCGUAUCCUCGCUGACCGUGCUGCAGACACAUGUCGAGACGAGAGUGGCGACGGGCGACGAAGCGCUGCUGGAGGAGCCGCCAGCUCCCUGGGGCAGAGGACAGAUCGUCAUCUAUCUCUUCUCUCUGGUUGCCUUCAACAGCACCGUCAAUGGCUAUGACGGCAGCAUGAUUGACACCCGUGUUGAAUUCAACAUACAACAAUGGCUCCAACAGCGGAAUCUGGGCUGGCAUCUCUGCGACCACUUUGGCCGACGAGCUGGCAUGGCUAGCGGUGCCGCUCUCGUCAUCACCGGCAAGUCGUCCCUCAUGAUUUUUUUGUUCGGCGCUGCCUUCUCGAUUGGCAUCACGCCGUUGCAGGGACGGUAUCUUGUCGAGGUCUUGAGUUUUGAGAUGAGAGCCAAGGGUAUGGUCGUGUCCAACUUGGCGGUCAAUCUUGCCGGUUUGCUCAACCAGUACGCCUGGUCGGUGUCCAUGAAGAACCUAGGAUGGAAGACGUACAUCAUCUUUACAGUCUGGCAUGCAAUUUCCGUCAUCAUCGUUUACUUUACGUUGCCCGAAACAAUGGGUACAACACUCCAAGAGUUGGACCACAUCUUUGCAGCAAAGAAUCCCGUCGAGGCAUCCAUAUCAAAGAAGGUGAUAGUCCGCCAGGACGGACACCUAGUCGAGGUCGAGGAGGCCUAA